UUCUUUUGCUCAAAUUCACACGCGGAACCUUUAUCAUUGUGUAUUUCCGGUAAGUAAAUGUUAACGGAACAAUUUCCUUUACCCACGAUCCUUUGCGUUGAGUCCGUCCUUCCGACUUCCGCCUCAGCCAAGAGCCGAGAUGGCCCCGACUAAGAAAGGAGAGAAAAAGAAGGGGCGUUCAGCCAUCAACGAGGUGGUGACCAGAGAGUACACCAUCAACAUCCACAAGCGCAUCCAUGGAGUGAGCUUUAAGAGGAGAGCUCCUCGUGCGAUCAACGAGAUCCGUAAGUUCGCCAUGAAGGAGAUGGGAACCCCCGACGUCCGCAUCGACACUCGUCUCAACAAGGCCGUGUGGAGCAAAGGUGUCAGGAACGUACCGUACAGGAUGCGCGUGCGGCUUUCCAGGAAGCGUAACGAGGACGAAGACUCCCCCAACAAACUGUACACCCUGGUCACAUACGUUCCAGUCACCACAUGCAAAGGUCUGCAGACAGUCAACGUUGAUGAAAACUAAACCUGUCACAAUAAAUUUAUUCAUGAUCAGAAUAAAUGUAUAAAAAUGU